AUGACACUACCAUCAACAAUUGUUUUGGAUGAAGAUGAAGUAUUUGAAAAUAAUGGAUCAGCUAAAACGAUUCCUGUACCAAAAUUAAAUUUAAAAGCAAUAAACACACCACCAAGUAAUAAAGAUUCACUCAUAAAAACUAGUGGUAUAUAUUUAUUAGAAUCAACACUUAAAAAUAGUAAAAAAAGGGAUUCACCAAAGGACUCAACAAACCCAUCGUUAAAAAAAUUCAAAGAUAGCGGUAGUGAAAUGGGAUUAAAUACACCAGUUUCACCAACACCCGAAGUAACACACAAAUUAAAUAUGUUAUUAUCUUCAUGUGACUCGCCCAUCGAUAGCCCAAAAGAUACAUUAUCACCACAUACUAGAUCAAAUAUUAAUAUAAAUAAUAUACUUUUAAAUGAUAAUAAAAAUGAAUCAUUUGAAAUGCCCAAUAAUUUUGUAACAAAAACAAAUGGCACUAUAAUGACAGCAUAUAGUUCUGGUUCAUCAUCACCUUCAACUUCACCAUCUCCAUCACCUCCACCACCACAAAUAAACCCAACAAAUACUAUAUCUUCCAAAAACAAUAAUCAAGUAAUGGACGUUGAAACCGAAAAGAAAUAUAAAUCACUGCUUGAUGAAAAGAAUCAAAUGGAAAAAGAUUUAAAGAACCAAAUUAAUACUCUUAGACAACAACUACAACAACAACAGCAUCAUCAACAACAACAAAUACAACAAGUGCAACAAAUACAACAAAUACAACAACAACAAAUACAACACCAACAGCAAUCUCUACAACAACCAACACCAGCACCAGCAGCAACAACCACAACCACAUCUAAAUCAAAGAAUCCAUUAUCAAGCAGAUCAAAUCCCGUUGGCACAAAUGAUCCAAUUAUAGUUCAAGAUUAUUUAUUAAAUGAAAUUAAAGUAUUAAAAUUAAAAAUAAUUGAAAGCCAAAAUCAAUUAACAGAAACUAAUAAUAUGGUUAAAGCACAAAAUAAUAAACUAGACGAACUUAGAGCAUGCUUUGGAGAUUAUAAGGUCCAAACUGAAGGCCGAUUCAGUCUCAUCGAAGAAAGACUUCACAACUAUGCAUUGAAAUUUGGCGAAAUUGAUAAAUUUAUAUACCCAUAUUAUAUAUAUCCAAGCACACCUAAAACACCAGUAUCACCACAUCAGCUAACCCCAAAAGAAUACUAUAAUGACCCAAGAAUACAAAUGUUAACACCCCAUACACCAAAACCCUCAAUGCAUCAACAAAAUAGUUCAAGUUCAAAUAAUAGUAACAAUAAUAACAAUAAUAAUCAAAACAAUCCAAAUAUAAGUAGUAAUAGUCCAAGCAAUCAAAACAACUCAAUAUUAAACGACGAUAAAAAGAGUAUUCAACAAAAACUACACCAAAGAAUUCAACUUUUAGAGCAACAGAAGCAACAGUCGUUAUCAGGUCAACCACAACCACCUCCACCACCACCAAAUACAAAACAGGGUCCACAACCAAACUCGCCAAAAGGUCCUGUAAUGAUGGAUCGCCAACCAAUGUCGCCUCACUCACAAGUUCCCAAUAUACCACACCCCUACGUAGAUAUGAAUGGAUAUCCACAAGAUUCAAGAUACUAUUAUAGUGGGUUUCAUCCAUCAAUACAAUACUAUCAAUAG